CACAGGAAGAUCACACCAUCCCUCACCAUCAUCAGGGUGAAGAACUAAAAAACAUCAAACCUGAGGUUAAAGAGGAGGAAGAAGAGACAUUGCUAAGUGGAGCUCAGCCGUCUUUGGAGGAGGGAGGUCCUCUAUAUUCCUGGGAUUCCACACAGGGAGGUCACACCAUCCCUCACCAUCAUCAGGUUGAAGAACUGAAAGACAUCAAAGCUGAGAUUAAAGGGGAAGAAGAAGGGAUGUUGAUGAGUGGAGCUCAGCAGUUUAUGGAGGAGGGGGUACCUCUGUCUUCCCGGGAUUCCCCAGAGGAAGAUCACACCAUCCCUCACCAUCAUCAGGGUGAAGAACGGAUUAAUAUAAAAGCUGAGGUUAAAGAGGAAGAAGAAGAGACGUAUGUGGGGGGUGAUCAGCCGUCCAUGGAGGAGGUUGGGAAGAUUAUGAAGAGUGAACAGGAUGAAAUUUCUCCACCUUUCGACACAAAUGGAUGUGAUGUGAGGAAUUCCUCGGAGAGACAUCUUCUAUUAUCUGCUGAUUGUAAGUCAGAAGAUAAUGUCAUCACACAGGAUCCUCCAGGAGGAAAUCCAAAUACACAAAAUAUACAUCACAGACCUUCCUGUCCGGAGACAUCAAUGGAUCCCUCUGAUCAGGGGGAAUCUUCUCAUCAAUCACAUACUAUGAUUGUAAAUAUCCAUGUAAGAUCUCACACUGCAGAUAGAUCAACAGAUCCUUCUAAUCUCAAGGAAUCUUCCUCACCCCAUGAAGGAGAUCACCGAGGUCAGAAUCCAUUCUCAUGUUCAGAGUGCGGGAAAUCUUUCACUCAGAAAAGAGCACUUACUAGACACCAGAGAAUUCACACGGGUGAUCGCCUUUAUUCAUGUUCAGAGUGUGGGAAAUGUUUCACUCAGAAGGGAAACCUUAUUCGGCACCAGAGAAUUCACAUGGGAGAACGUCCAUAUUCAUGUUCAGAGUGCAGGAAAUCUUUCACUGGGAAAGGGGCACUUUCUACACACCAGAGAAUUCACACUGGCGAGCGUCCUUAUUCAUGUUUAGAGUGCGCAAAAUGUUUCACUCGCAAACACGACCUUGUAAAACACCAGAAAAUUCACACUGGUGAGCGCCCUUAUUCAUGUUUAGAGUGUGGGAAAUGUUUCACUUACAGAUGGGGCCUUUUUAUGCACCAGAGAAGCCACAUGGGUGAGCGUCCCUAUUCAUGUUCAGAGUGCGGGAAAUCUUUCGCUCAGAAAAUAGCACUUACUCGACACCAGAUAAUUCACACAGGUGAGAGUCCUUAUUCAUGUUCAGAGUGUGGGAAAUGUUUCACUCAUCAAGGAACCCUUGUUGUACACCAGAGAAUUCACACAGGUGAACGUCCAUAUUCAUGUUUACAGUGCGGGAAAUCUUUCACUUACAAAGGGACCCUUGUUGGACACCAGAAAAUUCACACGGGUGAGCGUCCUUAUUCAUGUUCUGAGUGUGGGAAAUCCUUCAUUCAAAAAGGGGCCCUUGUUGAACACCAGAUAAUUCACACGGGUGAGCGUCCUUAUUCAUGUUCAGAGUGCGGGAAAUCUUUCAUCUAUCGAAUGACCCUUGUUAGACACCAGAAAAUUCAUACUGGUGAGCGUCCUUAUUCAUGUUCAGAGUGUGGGAAAUCCUUCAUUCAUAAAGAGGCCCUUGUUAAACACCACAAAAUUCACACAGGUGAACAUCCUUAUCCAUGUUCAGAGUGCGGGAAAUCUUUCAGUCAUCAAAUAGCCCUUGUUAGACACCAGAGAAUUCACACGGGUGAGCGUUCCUAUUCAUGUUUAGAGUGUGGGAAAUCUUUCACUCAGAGAGGGGCCCUUGUUGAACAUCAGAUAAGUCACACAGGUUCUUAUCCAUGUUUAGAGUGUGGAAAAUCCUUCAAUCAGAAAGGAGCCCUUGUUAGACACCAGAGAAUUCACACGAAUGAGCACCAUUUUUCAUGUUUAGAGUGCAGGAAAUCUUUUACUCAAAAAGAAGACCUUUUUGAACACCAGAAAAGUCACAUUGGUGAGCAUUGUUUUUCAUGUUCAGAGUGCGGGAAAUCUUUCAUUCUUCAAGGAGCCCUUGUUAGACACCAGAGAAUUCACACAGAUUAGCGCCCUUAAUUAUGUUCAGAGUGCGGGAAAUAUUUCACUCAGAUAGAAGGUCCUGUUAGACACCAGAUAAGUCACACAGUGGAGCAUACUAAUUUAUGUGUGGAAAAACAUUUCACUCUGAAAGGAAACCUUUUGAAACACCAGAGAAGUCACACAGGUGAGCGUCCCUAUUCAUGUUCAGAGUGCGGGAAAUCUUACA